UGCUGCUGCUGCUGCCGCCGCCGCCGCCGCCGCCGCCGCCGCCGCCGCGGCUGCUCGGGCUGAGCACGCCCCAGAAUAGGCCGCCGCUCGCUGCUCCCCAGACCCGCUGCCCCCGCCGGCCCGGCCGGGUCGGGCGGCCCAGGGCGGCACCUUCCUACUUCUCCCCGGCCACAGUCCUCCCCUCACAGUUGAGUACCUGUUUGCCUGAAGUUAAUUUCCAGAAGCAGGAGUCCCCAGAGCCGGGCAGGGGGAUGAACCGUGAGGGAGCUCCCGGGAAGAGUCCGGAGGAGAUGUACAUUCAGCAGAAGGUCCGAGUGCUGCUCAUGCUGCGGAAGAUGGGAUCAAACCUGACAGCCAGCGAGGAGGAGUUCCUGCGAACCUAUGCGGGGGUGGUCAACAGCCAGCUCAGCCAGCUGCCUCCGCACUCCAUCGACCAGGGUGCAGAGGACGUGGUGAUGGCAUUUUCCAGGUCGGAGACAGAAGACCGGAGGCAGUAGCUGCAAAGCCCUUGGAACACCCUGGAUGCUGUUGAGGGCCAAGAGAUUUGUGUGGCUCCUGGGCCAGCUGAGUGGCAGCAGACCCCCUUGCCCCGCCUCUCCCUUCCCCUACCCAACCCUGCCCUGCCCCACCCCGCCUCACAGCUACUCAGUGGGGCUGGCAUCAAGGGAGACACCAGUGGUGCGUUUAUGAUUGGCUUAAAGGGUUGGACUUGUGAUUGGCUGCAGGAAGAAAACCUUUUUAUUUUUAAAUCUUGACCAACAGAAACCUUUUAUUUUUAUUUCUGACUCUUAUUUUUUAAAAAAAAUUUGCGCCUCGGUAUCUGGCUUCCCUGGAAGCUCUCCGAGCUCUGGUGCUUUAGUUAGGUCAUUUUUUAGAAAUGUGAAGAGGUCUGAUUGGCUGCUUAAACUGGAAGGGACUGUGAUUGGCUGGUUAAUGGGGAACCGGUUUUUUUUCUUUGAUUGGCUGCAGGUGUUCUGCUGAUAGUACCAGCUUCCCUAUCUUGAAUGGAGAAAACAGGGUUUGGGGACAUUAGUCGUUAUAUUUGACUUGAAAAAAAAGAAACCAAGUGCGCUUUG